ACGUCUUCAAACCUGUAUAUGCUAACCCCCGUACACCAGGACACGGUGGAAGCUCUGGCGCGCACGCUGGAACACUCUCGAGAUGGCUGCCAUUAUGAACAUCGCUGGUUUGGAACCCAUCGAGGACCCAGAAUACCGCUACAAGAUGCAUCGCAUCAUCGGCAAGGUCGAGGGCCGGGGCAACGGGAUUAAGACGGUGAUCCCGAACAUGACCCUCGUGGCGCAGACGCUCCACCGCCCCCCGGGCGAGGUCACGAAGUUCUUCGGCUGCGAGCUCGGCGCGCAGACGACGUGGAACGACGACACGGAGCGCUCGAUCGUCAACGGCGCGCACGAGACCAAGGUCCUCCAGGACAAGCUGAGCAUCUACAUCGAGAAGUUCGUGCUCUGCCCGUCCUGCAAGCUCCCGGAGACGUCCUACAAGAUCAAGCACGAGAUCAUCUACCACCAGUGCGUCGCGUGCGGCGCGCGCGAGGCCGUCGACAUGCAGCACAAGCUCUGCACGUUCAUCCUCAAGCAGCACAAGCUCGACAAGAAGGCCAAGGACAAGUCCAAGGACAAGAAGGACAAGAAGAAGGACAAGAAGGACAAGAAGGACGACGACGACGGCGACGACGAGGAGAAGGCGCGCAAGAAGGCCGAGAAGAAGGCGAAGAAGGCGGCCAAGGAGAACGAGACCGACGAGGAGAAGGCGAAGCGCAAGGCCGAGAAGAAGGCCAAGAAGGCCGCGGAGAAGGCGGCCAAGGAGGCCGGCGGCGGCGGCUCCGACGACGACGACGACGACGACGACGACGACGACGACGACGAGUCGGGCGCGAUGGAGUCGGCCGUCAAGGGCAUCCGCGACUACAUCGCGGGCGGCAAGCAGCCCUCCGAGGUCGUCUCGGAGCUCCGCGCGGUCCAGACCUUCUGCGCCCUGCCCCGCAGCGAGCGCGGCUUCAUCCUCGCCGCCGCGGCCUUCGACGACGGCCUCCUCGAGCAGCUCGACGGCAAGGCGGACCUGCUCCGCGCGUUCGUCAAGGACGCGGGCGCGCCGUCGCUCCUCGGCGGCCUCGAGAAGUUCGCCCUCGUCUCUUCGCCGGCCCUCGCGCCCAAGUUCGCCCUCGUCCUCAAGCAGCUCUACGACAGCGACGUCCUCGAGGAAGACGCGCUCGUCGCGUGGCACGACGCGGGCGCCGCGCCGCCGGACGCGGCGAUCCACGUCCCCGACGCCUGCGACGUCGAGAGCCGCGCCAAGCUCCUCGCCUUCGCCGAACCCUUCAUCACCUGGCUCAAGGAGGCCGAGGAGGACGAGACGGACGAGGACUAGCGCGCGACGGACGAUCCCGCGCGGCCGGCGCGAAGGACCGGCCCGCGCACGAGCUCGGCGCACCCCGCCGUUGUCGAGGCCAAGGGGCGCGCGUAACCGGGCCUGCACCUGU